GAUUAUUUUCAUCCCUAUUCUCUAUGUAAAAUUUGUCGAUUGUCAACGAGAUUUAUUAAAAAUUUCUGCAGUAAAAUUAUUGAAGCUCAUUACUUAGUACUGUCUAUGUAGUUUUAUUAAAAUACAUAAUAUACAUUCUAAGAUGCUUCUGGUUAUCCAUAACCUUCCGCAGAAUAUGCGGUUUUUCGACGUGAAGAGUCUAAUACAAGACGAAUGCGGGUUUGAUGAGGUGAUAUUGGAUAAUUUGACUGAUGAAGGUGAUACUAAGCGAGUAACUGUUGGUUUGGCGGACGAAGGCGAUGCGGCGAUUUUAGUUAGGAAGAUCAACGGUCUGUAUUUGGGAGGACGUAAACUGUUUGUUGAAGAUGUGCGGCAGAAGAAGUCAUGUGAACAACCCUACCGCCCUAUGGAUAAUCCGCACGUCCCAAAGCCAAGGCCAGAAAAACAAAUGAAAUAUAGCCAGCCCAUACCGGUAAGGCCAGAAAUAAAAAUGAAAUACAGCCAGUCCAUAUCAGUAAGGCCAGACAAACAAAUAAAAUAUAGCCAGUCUAUGCCAGCGAGGCCAGAAAUACAAAUGACAUUUAGCCAGUCCAUGCAAGUAAGGCCAGAAAAUGAAAUGAAUUUUAAUCAACCUUUGCCAGUGAGGCCAGAAAACCAAAUUAAAUAUGAUCAGCCCAUGCCAGUAAUGCCAGAAAAACAAAUGAAAUAUGAUCAUGCCAUGCCAGUGAGGCCUGGAUAUCAAACGGACAAGGAGCAGUCAAUGCCAGCAAUCAUGCCAAUGGUAUAUAGCAACCUACCAUUUUACAUGUCACCUGUACAGAGUUCAUAUAAAGGCUACGAAAAUCAAGGAUCGCAAAUGGCAAAAAAACCGCUUCCGCAACCUGCUUACUACCAAGCUCAACAUGAACAACCUGGCGCAGUAAAUGAAUGGAACGUCCAACCGGCAUAUUCAUCUUACCCGGAACAGUCCCGACGUUUACCCGAUGAUGAAGGGGACGAGCCAAAGUGGCGGGAGCGCCAAGGUGCUCGUUCGUCCCUCAUGCUCGACGAUGAAUCGCGUUGGGUAGAAAAUAGAUACCAAUCUGACUCCUCUAGAUAUGAACAAGGCUAUCGCCGAUCUCUCGAACGAGACGAUGAGAUUUCCGGCAAUAGACUUACGCAGUUCGACAAAUCUAGGCAGGACGAAUCAGAUGGGCGUGAUCGACGUGAUCACUCUCAAGGUAGACGUGAUGACGGCAGGCGAUCUUCAAAGCGCAACGAUGACCACAUGAGACCGCGACCUAUAGAUCGUUCGCCACCACGCGAUCGAAAUUUUGAAAGUCGCAGACGGUCAAAUUUCGACGAGCGUGGACGCGACAGUGAUCAUACUGAUAGCCGUCGCGCUAUAGAUCAUCGUGAGCGAGAUCGCGACCAGAGACAUGGUUCCGAUCGAUACGAAAAGCCCCGUGAGCGCGAUAGGUAUAACGAGCCCCGCGAUGGUAAUAAGCCGAGAAGAGACCACGACUAUGGGCAGCGUGAUUUCGGAAAGAAGAGACCGUACUCGGACGUUUCCCAAACGAGUUCUAGGACUUACGGGAACAAUCCCGAUAAUUCCACUUUCAGCAAAUCGAACACGAAAAUUUUUGAAAGAAAUUAUGAAGAUCCUACGACAGGCGCUUACGCUACUUAUAAACGUUUACGAUUUAGUCAAAAUGACUAUGCUGGGCCAGCUGAUGCUAAUUUAAAACAGAAUGACGCUCCCAAAUCAGGAAAUAAACCUGGUCCGCCAUUGCUUCAAAUGGUAAAAAGGCACAAUAACUGGCGUUACCAAAUCGCAGCUAUUUUGGCAAAGGAAAUAAUAAGCACAGCUCAUCCAGGUCGUGUUCCAAACUAUCCCGUCAUAUACAAAAAGUUGAAAGAGUGCGUCGUUGCACGCAUAGAUGUGCACUUAGGGGACACGAUCGUGUCUUCAUUAAAAGAAAUGUUGUAUGGUUAUCGUUCGAGAUUCCCUCCCGAUGAUGACGUGGGUUUCUACAAGGCAGUCCUAGAGAAGAUAGAACGUGAUCAGGAAGAAUCUGCAACUGACACUGCGAAAGAUAAAACCCCGGAUGACCGGAAUAACGAAAUGACCAAGAAACCAAACCAAAGGGCUGAAAACGCAGCUAAAGGUGGAUUGUUACCGCCUCCCUUCAAAUUGCCAGGUGCUGGCAACAAUCCACAGCCAACAGUUCCAUCAUUCCAGAAUAGGGCGUCAUCAGCCCCCUCAUUCCAAACCAGACCAACUUCUACUCCUCCAUUCCAGAACAGAACGCCAAACCCCACUUCUCAAGUACAGAAUAGACAUCAGAAUCCAACUAUGCCAUUCGCGAACAAUCCGCCAAAUCCAAAUCCUUAUUUCAAGAAUUUAGGGACUACUACCGCACCUCAAUUCCAGAAAAGAGCUCCGGUACUAACUCCUCAAUUCCGGAGUAGAGCACCGACACCAGCUCCCAAUUUCCAGAAUAGAGCGCCAAUAUCAACUCCCCAGUUCCAGAAAAGCGCGCCCACCUCAACUCCUCAAGUUAUGAACGCGGGACUACUCUCAUUUCCUGUCCUACAGCAAUGCAGAGCUCCUAUUCCAACAAUCAGACCACCGAAACCACCCCAGAAGAAACCGUCGCAAUCGAACAACUUGGCCAACUCUGAAGUUAAUGCGAAAAACCCACUGACUAAAAAGGAAAUAAACAAAAUCAAAAUGUUGCACAAGAUGGAAUUCAAAGACGAGGUUGUGUACAACGUAGAUCCGUGGGUGAAGCAAGCCAUCGAGAACGAAAUGGAUAGUCUGAUCGAAUUGUACACGGCUCGACCCGAAAGUUUUAUGAAGCAAACGGAACACAAUAUUCACAAGAGGAUUGUGAACGAGACAGCUCCUAUUUUCAGAAAGGUGUUAACACUGAAUGUUACGAAACGCAUUCUCAACAUAAUGACGGGGCUGGUACUACGCGUGUUCCCUAUUGGAAAGUGGCCUAAGCACGCGUCUUUCGACCGGUAUAUGAAGCAGAAAGGGGUCGUCAACAUCAAGAAGUGCCCCAAGAUGUACGUGGUUACCUGCGGCAGCUACAAGUCUUAUGAUGACCUGGUAGAAAUGGAAACCUUUAAACUUGAGGAUUGCCACAUGAUGGUUAAAACCAUGCACGUUGCCGGACCGAGGCCAAGUAUGAGAGAGAAGCUUAGGGAACGCAACUUCAAGAGACAGAACAUGCAAGUGGCCGGCUCCGAAGCUAUGAUGUUUGAUGAGGACGAUUUCGCGCUAGACGACUGCGAUGGUGACAAUUAUACAGGUACAUACAACGCCAACAUUGACAACAUAGACAAAGAAGAAGAUAAAAAUCAAACGGACCAGGACGACGUAGUGUAUGUGGACAGUGAAAAGGAGGUUGUACUUAUAGAUGACGAUGAAGAACAAGAAGCGGAAGGAAAAGCAAAUAAUGAUACAAAUGCAGAUACCGAAUGGCAGACCAUAAAUAAACCGAAAAACAUCUGGUGGACUCCAGAGAUAGAGAGAGAGAGGCAAAGAAUCAGACACCUGUUCAACAGGGCCAAAAACACGAGGGACGACGUAGACUGGUCCAUAUACAAACUAGCUACUAACAAUUACAAAAAAAUGCUCAAAUCCACAAAAGACGCCUAUGAAGGUAAAGCUGGCGGCAGUGGUAAAAAGAAUAGCAAAGAGUCCACUCAACCAAAGGAUGACGUCGAAAUUAUUGAGUCCUUGGAAAAAGAAAGCCAAGAAACUGCAGAGAAUGUUGAUUCUCUUGUACACGAAAGCAAAGAUAUCGAUCAGAAAGUUAUUUGUUUGGACGAAAAUGAAGAACCUGAGGGGAAUGUUAAAACUUUGGAACAAGAAAGCAAUCCAUCUGCUCAAAAUGAAGAAACGCAAGGGAACGUUGCAACUUUGGCACAAGAAAGCGAACCAACCGAUCAGGAUAUUGUUUGUUUGGAUGAAAAUGAAACGGAAGGGAACGUUAAAAGUUUGGCACAAGAAAGCAAACCGACCGAUCCGAAUAUUAUUUCUUUGGAUGAAAAUGAAGACACUGUAGAGUAUGUUGAAACUUUGAAACAAGAAUGCGAAUCAUCUGAACAAAAUGUUGUGUCUUUGGAUGAAAAUAAAGAAACCGAACGGAAAUUUGAUUCCUUGGAACAAGAAAGCAAACCAACCAAUCAAAAUGUCAUAUCUAAGCAUGAAAAUGAAACAGAUGAGAAUGUAUCCGAGGAUAUCAUUGAGUCUGAAAUUAUUGAUCAUAUAGCUGAUGACGAUUUAGAAGAUUUCUAAAGUUUAAUACAUAAGGAUGCUGUUUUAUAGUAUUGUUAGCAUCGUUUCCUCAUGACUUGUUAACUGUCAGUGUUGAUUUCCUAUUUUGUAUAGGAUUUCUUUCAUUCUCCUGUUAAAUAUACUGAUAUUUUAUUAAUAUAAGUUAUGCUGGAAAUACCAUAUUAAAAUUUGUUUGAUCUAUUAUGUAUUUCACGUAUUUUACAUAUAAAUAACGCAUAAGCAUUUUAGACGGCAGCUAGCGUGUUUCGCUAAGAGUUGAAAGGUUUUUUUUUCUCUAGGGUAUCUUCUAAUAAAUAAGAAUCCUAUUUAGAUUUAAGUCUCCUAGGUUUAAUGAAAUCGAGCAUUAGUAACUGAUAAUAAAAAAAAAACAUGUUUGCUGACCAAUGUAUUUUUACCGAAGUUGAGAAUUACAUGUAUGCAUUGGAAUGGUUAAAAAAUAGCCAUAAAACAUCAUUAAGGAUUGUAACUGUCAAUUGUUACCUUAAUUCUAGAUGGUAAUAAAGAAAGUAAAAUUCUA